AUGGGGUAUGAUUCCUUCACUGAUGAUUUUAAAGUUAUAAGCAUUCGGAAAAGGGUUAGCGUGAUUGUUGAGCAAUAUACUUUAAGUACAGAUUCGUGGGCAGUGAUGCCUAAUACUAAUGCUGAGCUUUUUUAUUUUGAUGAUUAUAAUGGUUUUGCAAUGUGCUUUAAUAGAACUUUCUACUGGUGGGCAUUGUAUCGUGAAGAAUUUUCCGCUGUAAUCGUGGCAUUGAAUAUGGAUGAUGGGGUUUUCCAAAUGGUGCCAAAGCCACCGGGUGCCAAUAUUAUCGAACGUAAUGCUAGAACUCUAACUGUGUGGAAUGACUCCAUCUCACUGGUCUGCUGUAGUUAUCAAUCCCCGUCCAAUUUUGACAUAUGGGUGAUGGGUGGAUUUGGUUCUUGGAUCCACAUGAGAACUAUAAAACAUUUGACAGAAGAAGUGCCUAAACCUUGGGUUUUCUGGAAGGGGAAUGAGCUUCUUAUGGAGAUGGUGUCUUGUGGAAAGAUCACGUCCUACAAUGUUGAUACCAAAGAAUCUAAGGAUGUCCUAAUAAAGAUGAUGCAUACAGAUGGAAUCUCAUGUUUUCAAGCUGUGAAUUAUGUGGCAAGUCUAGUUCCAUUGAGAGGAGAGAUUAAUUUACCAGUUUCUUGA